AUUUAAAUCGCCUAAAAUAAAAAUGAGUACCCAGGGCCCAAGUGUUGAGAGAGGUCCCAGCGCUGGUUUGAUGUGCCAAGAGAAUUAUGCUUGUUCCGGAGGCGAUGAGGCUGUCUUUGAAUGUGAUGAGUGUAAUACUGUGCAGUGUCAAAGUUGUGAAGCUGUACUGCACAAACAAGAACGGCUAAAGAAUCACGAGCGAACCCGUAUACCCCCAGGAUACGUCCCUUAUUGCUCUUCAUGCAAACCGGCCAAUUCAAGUGUCCUCAACGCUAUGGUAUGUGCUAAGCAGCGGGCUGCCGUUCGGUGCCUAUCGUGUAAGGUGGAUCUCUGCGCUGAAUGUCAAAAGCGUACUCAUUCUGGAGGCAACAAGAGAAAGCACCCUUUUACAUCUUACCGAGCCUUAAAAAGUUCUGAACAGCCAGAAGGUGUCAAAAUGGACGAGGAGACACAGAGGAAGAAGAUGACUGAGGCUGUUGUCAGUUUUCUCCUUGUUGAUGAAACUGAGCAGAUACAGGUUGCCGACGAGGAGGAAUUCUUGAAGAAACUGGACUGUAAUCCAGAUGACUUGCUGAAAGUUGUCUCUAUUUUUGGAAACACUGGAGAUGGCAAGUCACACACUCUCAACCACACUUUCUUCUAUGGCCGUGAAGUAUUCAAGACUUCUCCUGCACAAGAGUCUUGCACAGUUGGUGUAUGGGCAGCCUUCGACCCCGUCCACAAGGUGGUGGUAAUUGAUACAGAAGGGCUACUUGGAGCCACCGUCAAUUUGAGUCAGAGAACCCGCUUGCUUCUCAAAGUUUUGGCCAUUUCUGAUCUAGUUAUCUAUAGAACUCAUGCAGACCGUCUGCACAAUGAUCUCUUCAAGUUCUUAGGUGAUGCCUCUGAAGCUUACUUGAAACACUUUACAAAGGAACUUAAAGCCACUACUGCACGUUGUGGGUUAGAUGUGCCACUUUCCACAUUAGGGCCUGGAGUGAUAAUUUUCCAUGAGACUGUUCAUACCAAGCUUCUGGGAUCAGAAAAGGCCUCUGAAAUACCAGAAAAAGUUAUUCAAGAGAGGUUUCGUAGGUUAGGACGCUUUCCUGAAGCCUUUAGCUCUAUCCAUUACAAGGGGACUCGAACGUACAACCCACCUACAGAUUUCUCAGGGCUGCGUCGUGCUGUGGAGCAACAGCUGGAGAAUAAUACCACCCGUUCUUCUCGUCACCCUGGUGUCAUAUACAAGGCUCUUAAGGCCCUGAGCGAGCGCUUUAGCGGUGAGAUACCGGAUGACCAUAUGGCACAUAGCUGUUUCUUUCCUGAUGAGUACUUCACCUGCUCUGCUCUCUGUCUGAGCUGUGGAGCAGGAUGUAAAAACAGUAUGAAUCACUCAAAGGAAGGGCUUCCUCAUGACGCCAUAAGCCGGUGCAGAUACUCCCAUCAGUAUGACAAUCGAGUGUUUACCUGCAAGGCUUGCUAUGAAGGUGGGAAGGAGGUCAAUGUGGUUCCCAAAACAUCUGCUUCCACGGACUCUCCUUGGCUGGGCCUUGCCAAAUAUGCUUGGUCUGGGUAUGUAAUUGAAUGUCCUACUUGUGGAGUGAUUUAUCGCAGCCGGCAAUACUGGUUUGGAAACCAGGAUCCUGUGGACACCGUAGUACGCACAGAGAUACAGCAUGUCUGGCCAGGAGCAGAUGAAUUUCUGAAAGAUAACAACAAUGCAGCCCAGCGUUUGUUGGAUGGCAUGAAUUUUAUGGCACAAUCUGUGACCGAGCUGAGCAUUGGGCCCACCAAAGCAGUGACAUCAUGGCUGACCGACCAAAUUGCCCCUGCAUACUGGAAACCAAAUUCCCAGAUCCAGGAAUGUACCAAGUGCCGGUUUCCCUUUAAAGAUAAUGAUACCAAACAUCAUUGCCGGGCCUGUGGAGAGGGAUUCUGCGACAGCUGUUCGUCCAAGAGCCGUCCGGUUCCUGAACGGGGCUGGGGUCUUUCACCGGUCCGUGUUUGCGAUAACUGCUAUGACCGCAGGGGAACUCAGUACGUUGUUGCAGUUUCAGGAGAUGACGAUGAAGGCAAUACUUUAAUUGCAAGGAAGGUUGGAGAAGCUGUACAGAAUACGCUGGGUGCUGUGGUUACGGCCAUUGACAUUCCUCUAGGACUCAUGAAGGAUGCUGCACGACCUGCGUAUUGGAUCCCGGACCAUGAUAUAACUCACUGCCACAGCUGCAGGAAAGAAUUCAACAUCAAGCUUUCCAAGCACCACUGCCGCGCAUGUGGACAGGGUUUCUGUCACGAAUGCUCGGAUAACAGAAGGCCAGUACCCUCGAGGGGCUGGGACCAUCCAGUUCGUGUUUGCAUUAACUGCAAUAAAAAACCUGGUGACCUUUAACCCUCUAUUUCCACUCUUGUCUUUCAAAAUUUGCAGACCAUUCUCAGGGUUAGAUAGAAGCGGAACCUCUUUCUUCCUUAAGCUUGUUUGGCAGUGCAUGUUCUGAUUUAUCAACUGUGGUUAUCUGCAGAUAAUCUCAUCAAAAAAGGGAGAGAAAAAAAAAAAAAGCAAAAAUUUUGCAGGAAACAAGACGAUAUACAAUAUGCACUUUUUAAAGUAAAAUCAUAGUAGAAAUUCUCUGGACGAGAAACACAAUUCCAUUAGCACUUUGGUUUGAUUUGUUUCUGGGGAUAGUCUGCUACAGUGUUUACCUUCUGACAAAUCUAGUGUAACUCAUUGUCAAUAUGAGUCUGUGCACUUUACACUUUAUUUCAUAAAGUCUGUACUUAUGUCUUAUUUUAUCUAGUCAGUUUUCCAUGUAUUUAAGAAUAAACCUGUAAUAAAUAUAAAACAUAA